AUGAUGUGCGACGUGGCCAACUACGACCCAUAUUUUGUUCAAACAAGAGAUGCUUGCGGGAGACUCAGCUUAUCCACUGAACAAAAGCUGACAUGCGCCAUGAGAAUGCUCGCGUAUGGCAUCACAGCUGAUUUCUGUGAUGAUUACCUAGAUAUUGCGAAGACCACUGCCAUUGAGAUUUUUGAGCACUUCACAAAAGCAAUCUGGAAUGUGUACCAUGAGACUUACCUCCGCAGACCAACACCGGCAGAUUUGCGACGGCUGCUUGACAAGGCUACAGAACGGGGAUUCCCGGGGAUGAUCGAUAGCCUUGAUUGUAUGCAUUGGCAAUGGAAAAAUUGUCCCACCGGAUGGGCAGGGCAGUAUACUGGCUACAAGGGGAAACCCACAAUCAUCUUAGAGGCAGUGGCCUCCUACGAUACUUGGAUGUGGCAUGCCUUCUUCAGACUUCCAGGUUCCCUGAAUGAUAUUAACGUCCUUGGAUGUUCACCGUUGUUCAAUGACGUAUGCACCGGUGAAACCCCUGAAAUGAACUACCAGACACAACAUUUCACAAGGAUGCAGGAAGCAUACAGAAAAGACGUGGAGAGAGCAUUUGGUAUUCUCCAAGCUCGUUGGGCAAUUAUAAGAGGACCAGCUCGUGGGUGGAGUAAGGAGAAUCUUCAAUACAUCAUGAUGACGUGCAUUAUCUUGCACAAUAUGAUUGUUGAAGAUGAGCAUGAUGAAGAUGCAGCGCAACCAUUUGAUCCAGAUGAUAUCCCAACAUGA